AUGUAUCACAGUGUGUAUGACAACUAUCAUUGGAUGGCCACCUUUGCCGAUCCACUCUUCAAGCGCCACGUGGCAGUCACCAAGAUGAUGGCUGGCGUGGCUGCCAGGCUGGCAGGCGACCAUCGCCUGCCCUUCAACUACUCCGCCUACGCUAUCCACCUGGAGCAUGACGUGGCAAGGCUGCAGGCUGACGUGGCGGCACAAGGCGCCCCGUCAUCUCUCUCAGUGGAGCCGCUCUUUGCAUCUGUCUCUCGCCUCCUGACUGGUGCUCAAGGCAUUGAAGUGGAAAUUCAGGUGCGCAAUCAGGCUGCCCCAUCUCACACCCCCCGAAUCCCAUGCACCCCUCCCACCACCACCACAGCAAAUCGCAGCGGCCAGCAGCAGAGCAUGCAGGUGCACGUGGGGGAGGGGUUGCCCCAUGGAGGGCGCAUCUGGGGAAGGCGCCAACUGAGGCCAUUCACCCCCAUCCCACACCCUCCCACCCCGCCACCCCUCCCACCACCACAGCAAAUCGCAGCGUCCAGCAGCAGCGCGUGCAGGUGCACAAGGGGGAGGGGAUGCCCCAUGGAGGAAGGCGCCAACUGCCCGUCAUCCAAGGCAUUCGACGCAGUGAACGAGCGCCUCUUCCUGGCUGAGCGGGGGUUCCUGGACGGGCACGGAAUCGGGCCUCACUACACGUGGUUCAAGCACCUGGUGGGUGGAAGGGACGAGUCAUGGUGUGAGGUAGAAUGGGCGGGGGUGCAUUUCGGUGGGUUUGCUGUGGUGCUCAAGUGUGGGACAGGGGAGCUGUAUUGGAGGGGGUAA